GGAGUUUUUAUAUUUAUUUUUAAUUUACCUGGAACACAUCGUGAGGGAGAAAGCCUCGGCAUUUAUCUUUAUUUCGGGGAUUUAGUGUUUAUGUGUCAAUGUGCAGGAAUACUGAUGUUUACAAUUUACUGUGAAAACUUUUCGGUAGCAAAGCGGCUAAUGCUAGUAGCAGUGUUGUUGUUAGCUCUAUAGCGACCGUGAGCAACAACACAUCUGAUUUCAUUUGUUAUCAUGAAACAGUUUUAUACUUCAUAUACGUUUUAGUUUACAUGUAAUCGAUAAGUUUAGUAGACAUUACAGGUGUGUUUGAUUAUUAUGGUUGGAAAGACGUGUUUACGUCUUUGCUUUUGGACUGAAACGGCAGCGUUUAUAAAAUACAGAACGAAUCUUUAUUAAUUAUACAAAUUAAAACGGAACUUCACAGCUCCAUUUCCUGUUUUGAGCCAACCCUCCUCCAUGAUGAUGUGAACAGGAGCAGGACACAGAGGUCAUGUCUGAGAGUCGACAGACACAACGAGGUGAUGAUCGAGCUCGAGACAGGGCGAGACGUAGGGAGAGUGGACAGAGUAAAGCGCUUCUGCGUGCAUCUCACCCCCACACCCUGACCCGGUCCACUCAGGGGGAUCUGCAGGAGAUCAGCAGGUUGAGAGAGGAGAUUGGACAGAUGCAGACGGAAACACGGGGCUUUGACAAAGAGGAGGAGUUGAGAUGGAAGAUCAACCAACUGGAGCAGGACAAGCUCAAGCUCAACUCCGAAUACAACCAGGAGUUGUCGGGCUACGAGGCUCAGCUCACACGCUGUCGUGCUCUUCUGGAGAAAGGAGAAGCUCAGAGACAGACACUAGAGUACGAACUCGCUGUGCUAAAAAGAGAUGCAGCUGCUCAGAAAAGUCGAGUUGAGAAGAAGAUGGCUGACCUGAUCACACACAACCAGCAGCUGGAGGGCCUCAAUGUGGAACUGCAUCAGAGAGCCUCUGAUCUACAGAGAGCUUUGGAAAUCACUCAGCAAGCACGGUUAGAUGAUGAGCAGAGGCUCCACGCGGAGUUGCGUGAGAGGGACCACCUGAUUCACAGCAUUAGUACAGAGAAAGAGCUGCUACAGGAGGAGAAUAGACACCGGGACACACUGCUGCAGGAGCAGAAAGACACACUGCAGGAGCUGAAGGGCAGGAUGGACAGUAUGCAGAAAGACAGAGAGCGAGAUGCUGAGGAGCUCAGAGUGAGGAGAGCUGAGCUGAGGAACAGUAUGGUGCGUGAGGAAAAGAUGAAGAAGGAACUGGAGACAGCCAUACAGAGAGUAAAGGUUCUGGAGAGGAGUGUGGAGUCAGAAAAAGCUGCUCACCUGGAGAUGAAGCUGUGUCUCAGAGAUGUGGAAGCAGCUCUGUCAGUAGAGAAGAGGAAUCAAGCAGAGGUUGUUUCCAGUCUGGAGCUGCUCAAACACAAAUAUGGAGAAGUGGAUAGAGCACACACACGAGAGAGAGAGCGUGCUGACAACACACAACACACACUGACACUACUGGAGCAGGAGUACCGAAACACUAAUUCCAAUCUGAUUGGCCAGCUGGAGAAAACCAAGGCUGACUUGGCUGAUCUGAUUGGUCAGUUGGAACAUGAGAAGGCAGCAUCAGCUAAGCUGAUUGGUCAGUUGGAGCAUGAGAAGGCGGAGUCAGCUAAGCUGAUUGGUCAGUUGGAGCAUGAGAAGGCGGAGUCAGCUAAGCUGAUUGGUCAGUUGGAGCAUGAGAAGGCGGAGUCAGCUAAGCUGAUUGGUCAGUUGGAGCAUGAGAAGGCGGAGUCAGCUAAGCUGUCAAUCAGACUGCAGAAACAGGAGAGAGUGGAGACAGAGAGAGGGCAAGAACUUAUCCUGGUUCAGAAGAGGCUGGCAUUUGUGGAGGACACAUAUGAAGGUCUUCUUAAAGAAAUGGAGCAGCUGUUACACCACCACAAGGGGGCACCACCCAUCAUCACCACAACCGGAGAUAAACAGAACCCGUCUGCCCUGAUGGAUAUCUUGAGAAGAGUGUUACACAACUAUCACACAGAGCUGAAGGACUUGGUGAAGGCAGUUGAUGCACUGAACAAAGAGAAUAAAGACAAAGACGAGAUCAUCAGUGACCAGAGGAGAUGCAUACAGGAAUUUGAGGCACGGUGCAUGUGUCUGAGGGAGGAGGUGGAGCGUCUGCAUGUGUGCGUUGAAGAGUCUGCAGAUGCAGCAAAGCGAGGACAGAUGGAACUGCAGACUGUCACACACUUCUGGGAGGAGGAGAAAGAGCGACACACACACACCAAAACACAUAUAAACACACUCAUACAGGAGCAUGAGAAGGAGCAGCAGGAGAAGCUGGCCUUCCUGCACUCUCUGUAUCAACGGCUCCUCACUGGCUGUGUGUUGGUAGCCCCACCCCAGAGCAUGAUGGGUAGUUUUUCAUGGGCAGAGCUUAGCAUCAUGCUACAGGAGCAAGCAGAUGCACUGACUUCUGACCUCAACUCAGCCAAUCAGAGGAUUGCACGUUUGGACUGUGUGUGUGAGGGGAAGGAGGCGGCGCUGAAAAGUGUGUGUGAGCAGCUGAAGCAGAGAGAGAAGAGCUGGAUUAAACAGAGAGAGGACCUGGACAAACACCACACACACUUGAUCAAUGAACUACAGACCAAAGCUCAGGAUCUGAAGAGUCGUUUGUAUCACGCUGAAGAGUGUCUCUGCAUUUCUGAGCAUGCUCACUCUGCCCUCCAACAGGACGUGAGUCGUCUUCAGGAGCUGGUGCGUGUCUGUCGCCGCGAAAAUGCAUCCUUCCUGGCAGCGAGCGCUAUGCUGGCAGGGUGUGUGUAUGCACUGCAUGGCCGUGUGUCUGCGCUGGUGCAUCAGAAAACCCUGCUGCAGCAAAGUGUGUGUGAUGCUGAGUUUCUCAAACAGGAAUUGAGGGCUCUACUGUAUGCGCUCAGUGACCCUGGGGUCAAAGGUCAGAGCAGGCUCACAGGGAGUGUGUGGAAGUUUAGAGUGCAUGUGGUUGCCGUGAUGGCCGCCCUGCGUCUGCGCAAUCUGUGCAGGAACACACACAUCCUAUUCAGAGUGGGUGCAGGUGUGUGUGUGAGCAAGCUGAGGCUGAGCAACACACACACCGAGGAGGAGGAGAGCGAAACAGUGAUGAAGAUGCUCACGUCCUCACAGCUGUGUGUGAUCUUACACACCUGCAUGCAGGAGGUGCAGACAGAGCUGCAGAGAACUGAGCACAGUGCUGGUGUCUUAGCGGCCGCACGCUCCAGUUUCUCUAAGCUGGUGGAGAAACUGCUGCCUAAGUCAGAGUCGGGUUGCUAUGGUGAUAUGGGGUCGUUGGCACAGCAACUGGGUCAAGGACUGAACAGCCUCCGCAAAACACACCACCUCGCGCUGAGACACAAUGCCAACAAGGUCAUGUUCUCUGCUCUGCAGCAGCACUUCCUGGAGUUUACUCAGCGUUUACACUCUGCUGAGGUGGAGAGGAGAGACCUGAGGAUUGAACUGUCACGGCUCAAACGCAGAAACACACACACACAUGAUGAGAUGAAGGACAACACACACACAGUGUGUGUGCCGCUGCGGCAGUUCCACACAGUGUGUGAUGAGUUGAGCUCGGCUCUGUGCAGGGAACAGCAAGCACAGGCUCUCUUGCAUGAACAGGCCACACAGCUGCAAGAGCUUGGCAUUACCAUGGAAACACACAUCUCAGAACAACUGGAAAAAGACCACACACUCGCUCAGGCUGUGCAGAGUCUCUCUGAUGCGAAGGCGGAGCUAAAGAGGAAAGAACAAUCUCUGCGGUUGCUAGGGAAACGGCUAAGCCAAUCACAGGAAGAGAAACAGGAGCUACAGCAGAGCAUCAACAGAGUGGAAAACACACUGCAUCUGGCAGCUAGGAGUAAAGAGUGUUUAUUGAGCUACAUCAUGUCAGUGGAGUGCAGACUUCGAGAGCUGAAGGAUAGUCUCCUCCUUUCCCACUCCAAUUCCUUAAGAGACAGGUUCACACUGCACUUACCCACAGUGCACCAGGACCAGGGUUUGGAGCUAGACAGUGGAGCACCAGAGAUGAAGGCAUGUCAGUCUCUGGUGCACAGUUUUACAGAUGUGUAUGAGUUCGUGUGCAGUAAGGUGGUGUGUCUCGAGAGAGAGAUCUCCUCAUAUCAGUCGCACGUGACCGCUCUAAAAGCCGAGUUACAUGACGCCUGCAUACGAGAGAACCAGUGCUAUCAGUUGAUCGGAAGCACUGACACGCCGGCUCCUCUUUCUGAAGCAGAGGGGAAUUGUGGGAUACCGGCUCCCUUAAGCGCUGCUGUCUCAGUGAACGAUGUCCCCAGAAACAUGGACACGCUCCUGAACAAGUCCACUGUUCCACUGAAGAAGGGUAGAAGUGUGAAAAAAGCCUCCAAAAGCUCCAGAAGUGUCAAAAGUGCCUCAAAACCAUCAACAUAAUAAAACAAACUGAAAUGUAUUUUGUAUUAAAUUUUACUUUGCUGUAGAUUUAGUUUUUUAGAAAAAAAAGAUAAGUUUUAUAGUCAUCUGUCACUGCUGCUACUAACUGUUAGAAAUAAACAAUAUUAUACAGUGAAGACUCUUUCAAAGACUUUACAAAACACACACUCACAAUUAUACAGGAUUCAUCGGGACAUUCAGGAAUAAAUAUCUCACACACAUAUAACACACA